UUUGUUUUUCAUCAGUAACAUUCUGCCAGCCAGCCCUUUUGGAAGACUUGGAGGUUCUAUAAUCUAUUCAUUUUAAAUUACAGCUCAUCACAUCGGCAUGAAUUUUUGUAACUCGAAAAGUUGCAGGUUCGGUUCCCUGAUGGUUUUCCAACUACUGCUGCUGUCUAUCAGCUGGGCUGUUCCUUUCCCCUCGUCAAAUAAUCCGAUGGAUUCGACAGAGACAUCUGGGAUUUCCGAACGAGUUGAUCCUGCUGACCCCAGUAGGCCUACCGCUGAACGGGAAUCUGAGACGGCUAACUUUUAUCAUUUCAUGAAUAACGCUAAUCCGUCUCAACCUCUGGUGGAAACCUCUGAACCCCAGGAGUACUCCCCAUCUGUUGAAUCGUCCAAUCCCAUUGAUGAUGCACAGCAUCCGCCGUCCUAUCCAUCAGCAGCUGAAAAUGUUCAAUUGAACCAGGAGGAAACUGCCGUAGUGGGCGAUCCUCUCUACGACUUUUUGAAGAAUGUUCUUCCUCAGGCACCGAUAGAAGUGGCGGCGGUAGAAUCUCAAUCGCCAUCUGUUCCAUCGUCGCAUCCACCAGCGAAUCCGUCUUAUCCAGCUGAGCCUGCCGCUGCUGUCCAAACGACUCCAGAGAAAUCAGAUGUUGGUGAUGUUUUCUUGAACAUCGGUCCUCCUCCUAAACCGAGAGCUCUGGGAUUCCCACCGAUAACCAACACACGCGAUAAUGUGAUUAAUCAAAAUAACUGGGACAUAUUAGUUUAAGUCAUUUAUUCACAUCUGUAUGUAUUUGAUUAAAUCUUCAGCUGGUUUUGAAGCUAUAAAAAAAGGGCUUCCUGAUAAUUGAGGGCGUAUGUUAUACGUCAUAUUUUCGUCUGAAUUUUGUUUUCAAACAUAUACGUUAACACAGAAAUAUACAUUAGCAUUAUACAAACAUAAA